CUAGUACAUUUAGUUGGUAACGGUUCACCCCAAGCAUCGCAGAAUGUACUCAAAGUUUUUAUUAUUCAUUUGCUUCGUGGGCUUCAGUCAAGCAGUUGUGAUAGAUCCUAGUCAAAGUUAUAAGGACAGGCAAGAAAAUUUGAAAACAUGGCAGUACAUCAAUGUGUAUCACCAUCCAACUUCAAAGUACAUUCAUAAAUACGAUAAUUAUGUUUACCCAAAAUACGAUUUCGAAUAUGCAGUAUCGGAUAAAAAGACUGGUGAUCAUAAACACCAUCAUGAGACACGGGAUGGUGAUCGAGUGCGCGGUGAAUACAGCCUGAUCGAGCCUGACGGUUCUCUGCGCAAAGUACAAUAUGAUGCUGAUGAUCACAAUGGUUUCAAUGCGGUUGUAAGUAAAACUUACAACAAACAUGGUGACCAUGCUUAUUCGAUUUUUGGUCAUACAAGAGAAUUUGGACAUGGUGUUAAGAUAAGCCACUAUUUUCCUGGGAAAGACUAUUAUUACCAAGACGUUGUUCAAAAACAUGAAACAGAACCGAAACCGGUAAAAGAAGAAAUAUUAGAACCUAAAAAAGUUGAAGAAAUAAAUGUUACACCUAGUUCUGAAGCUCCAAUUCCUGAACAGGAUUUAUCUUCUAAAACAGUAAAACCUGAAACAAAUCAAGCUGAAGUUGAACCGGCAAUUAUAAAAAUGGAACCAGUAGAAAAUGUGCCAAUUAAAAUAAUUCCAACAGCGGUAUCAAUGAUUAUGCAAAAUAAUGCAAAAAUAGGCACAGAUAAUCUUAUAAUGAUGCCUCUAAUGAAGGAAUCUAAUAAUACACCAAAUAACAAUGUUGAAAUUAAUGAAAAUAAAAAAGACAGAGAUCAAUCAUCUUCGGACUCUGAAGUAGCAUCAUCAUAUUACCACUCUAAAAUUUACUAUGUAGGUUUUUAAUAGUCAGUUUUUUAAGUAAAUCAUGUAAUGUAAAUACUGUUAUUUAGUAAUAAUAUUUUAGAAAAGUAAGCCGUUUGCGAGAUUUGCAAGACA